GGCGGCGGCGGCGGCUGCGGGCAGAGCGCAGGGCUCACGGCACUGGGCGAUCGCCGUCGGGGCUCGGGCGGUGGGCAGCGGGCGCAGGCUCCCCGGUGCCCGCCCCUCCGCUGCGGGGGGGGGGCGCAAGCGGGCGGCCGGGGAGGGGCCGGCACCGCCGCCGCAAAAUGAGCCUGCUGUCGGCCAUCGACACGAGCGCCGCUUCGGUGUACCAGCCCGCCCAGCUGCUCAACUGGGUCUACCUGUCGCUUCAGGACACGCACCAGGCGAGCGCCUUUGAUGCCUUUCGGCCCGAACCGCCCGCCGGCGCCGCGCCCCCAGAGCUGGCCUUCGGGAAGGGCCGCCCGGAGCAGCUGGGCUCGCCCCUGCACUCCAGCUAUCUCAACAGCUUCUUCCAGCUGCAGCGCGGAGAGGCGCCGAGCAGCAGCAUGUACAAGAGCGCCUCGCCCUACGGCUCCCUCAACAACAUCGCCGAUGGCCUCAGCUCCCUCACUGAGCACUUCUCGGACCUGACCCUCACUUCUGAGACCCGCAAGCCCAGCAAGCGGCCCCCACCCAACUACCUGUGCCACCUGUGCUUCAACAAAGGACACUACAUCAAGGACUGCCCCCAGGCACGUCCCAAAGGUGAGGGUCUGACCCCGUACCAGGGCAAAAAGCGCUGUUUCGGCGAGUACAAGUGUCCCAAGUGCAAGAGAAAAUGGAUGAGCGGGAACUCGUGGGCCAACAUGGGGCAGGAGUGCAUUAAGUGCCACAUCAACGUGUAUCCGCACAAGCAGAGACCCCUGGAGAAGCCCGACGGCCUGGACGUGUCCGACCAGAGCAAGGAGCACCCCCAGCACCUCUGUGAGAAGUGCAAGGUCCUGGGCUACUAUUGUCGCCGGGUGCAGUGA